AGUCUUCGAUCCACCAGCCGCGCUGCGUGCACCUCUCCACCAGACAAGAGUCACCGUGAAUUCGCCCUCUGCAUUCACAGUGCAUCCUCCUCACCAGCGCCCUCGGCAUCCACGCUUGUUGGAUUUUCGAACAACAAAUCAAUUGCACUGAGGGACUGUGCAAUAUUCUUGCCGCCGACAUGCAGCGUCUUCUCCGUGAUUGAGGCACCAUUGUCUAUCCUCUUCAGCUUCAUUUCAUGCCCGACUGCUCAACAUGGGUGUUAACGGUCUCUGGAGCGUCAUCCAGCCAUGCGCCCGACCAACCAAUUUGGCGUCGCUAAACCGCAAGAGACUCGCAGUCGAUGCCUCAAUUUGGAUUUACCAGUUUCUUAAGGCUGUACGUGACAAGGAGGGCAAUGCGCUGCGCAACUCACACGUCGUUGGCUUCUUCCGGCGCAUUUGUAAACUUCUAUGGUUUGGUGUGCAGCCUGUUUUCGUGUUUGAUGGAGGUGCACCAGCUUUGAAGCGAGCAACUAUUCAGAAGAGACAGCGCCGCCGCGAAGGACGAAGAGACGAUGCAGUCAAGACUGCCGGCAAGCUGCUUGCUGUGCAGAUGCAGCGGCUCGCCGAGGAGGACAAGGAGCGCACGCGUGCUCUCGCCGAAAACCCGGCAUUGAAUAGGGAGGAGGAAGCGCCAGUAUUGUCUGAUGCCAGCCAAUUUGUCUACGUGGAUGAGAUUGGCAUGUCACAGAAGGAGAGACAGCAAAACCGCAAAUUCCACAAACAGGAUGCCUAUCAUUUGCCUGAACUUGACCGCAGCAUCGCAUCAAUGGGCCAGCCGGAUGAUCCCCGAAUCAUGAGUGUGGAAGAACUUGAAGAGUAUGCACGUCAGUUUAACGAUGGCGAGGAUAUCAACCUCUACGAUUUCAGCAAGAUUGACUUUGAUGGCGAUUUCUUCAAGAGUCUCCCACCACCUGACCGAUAUAAUAUUCUAAACGCAGCUAGACUUCGAAGUCGACUCAGAAUGGGCCUUAGUAAGGAACAGCUUGAUGAGAUGUUCCCUGAUCGCAUGGCCUUUUCCCGUUUUCAAAUCGAGCGCGUCAAAGAGCGAAACCAUUUGACGCAACGGCUAAUGUACGAGGUUGGUAUGACUGGUACAGACCUUACAUUAGGCGUGAAUGCUCGAGUAGCCGGGGAGAAAAACAGAGAAUAUAUUCUGGUCAAGAAUGACGGCGUCGAAGGAGGCUGGGCAUUGGGUGUUGUUAGCAAAGACAAGGAAAUUGGAGAAGCCCACAAGCCUAUCGACGUUGACGCCAUUCAGAUUCAGUAUCAGGCCAAAGAUGAUAUCGACGAAGACGAUGAAGAUGAGGACUUUGAAGAUGUCCCAAUUGCUGGGAUAAACCGGCUACCCAAAUUGAACGCAAUGGACAGCCAGGCUUCUGUAGCCACACAUAGCUUCUCAGAACAACGCAAAGAACUAUACACUUCCAACAAGGGCAAGGACGCUCAAGUGGAUGAAAACGAAUCGCUAUUUGUUGGAGGAUCUGCCGACCUGGAAACAAGCUACCCCGGGACUGAGGCUAUGCAUCAAGAGGAAGAAGAUGACUUGAACUUUGCAAUUGCACUGUCUCUCCAGAAUCAACACACUCUGGAUGAUACGGGUGGCCAUAGAACCGAUCCCGACCAAGAUUUAGCAGCGCCAGAAUGGAAACAGACAGCCGUAAAGGCUUCUGCUCCUAUUGUUGGACGUGGGGGCAUGGCUAUUGCCCAUAUGGUUAAUAGGCGUGCAAAUGCCUCCAUGACAAAGCCUGCAAAUGAUGUCUCUAGCUCUGUGGCCCCUAUUACAAAGCCCGAGACAGAUAUCGAGAAGAACGAUGACAGCGAUAGUGAUGAGGAUAUGCAGACGCUCCUUAGCAAGGCUCGCAUGUCUAAGAAGCCAGCCGCGCCUCUGCCAGUUUUCGAGAAGAAGAAAAAUCCUUUUGACGGACCCCUUCCCUUCCCCAAGCUGUCGUGGGGAUCCUUCGCUAAGAGUGCAAAACCCGAAGAACCGACAAAAGUCGCAACUGCUACCGAUAGCAACACGGACGAGUAUGACGGCUUUGCGGGUGGUGGUUUCGAAGCUGAAAUCAACAUUGACCACGAUGUUGCGCCUAAACCUCUCCCUCCCUGGCUCGCUGACGAUGGGGAUAUUCGAGAUGCAAUCAAAAAGCAGGGUAACUUUGAACGGGAAAAGAAUGCAGAAGACAAGGAGGCAGCGGUUGAAGCAGAAAGGCAGCGCCAAAAGGAGAGAAUGAUCGAGAUUGAGUCAUCGGACGACGAUAGCGACGACAUUCAAAUAGUCGAUGCUCCCAACAAGACGAUCAUCAGCCCACCUCCUGUGACUAUUGCCCCCCAAAUAGAUGCGGCAGACACUCAGGAUGCGCCUACCGACGAGCCAUUAGUGACAAGAGAUGAUAAAGAGAAAGAGGAGUCCCCCGAACCAGAAUUUGAGGACGUAAACAUUCCAGAUUCUGGUCGUGAAGUUGUUACCGCAAUGGAAACACCAAGCGACGAAAUAGCCCCCGUUGAACAGGCGGCCUCCGUAUCUUUCCAGCCUUAUAAGACCGUGGCCGAUGAAGAGUCUAGUCGCCGCAUCGACGACGAAGAUCUGUUUGGGGAUGCCGAAGACGAUGAGUACAGCGAUCCUGAUGAGGAAGAGCUUCUACAGGCAAUGGAAUUAGAGGCAGCUGAGCACGCUCGAUUUGCCAGUGAAUUAAACCAAAAGUCUGCCCAGCAGAACCGCGAAGACUACGAAAGGGAGCUACGAGCUCUGCGAACGCAACAGAAGAAGGAUCGCAGAGAUGCCGACGAAGUUACUCAAGUUAUGAUUACAGAAUGUCAGGCAUUGCUGCGUCUCUUUGGUAUACCUUACAUCACUGCGCCAAUGGAAGCAGAAGCCCAGUGUGCUGAGCUUGUCAAGUUAAACAUUGUGGAUGGUAUUGUCACCGAUGACUCUGACACAUUCUUAUUUGGUGGAACCCGAGUCUAUAAAAACAUGUUUAACAGCAACAAAUUUGUUGAGUGUUACGUCGGUGCUGAUUUGGAAAAGGAACUCUCACUCUCCCGCGAGCAGCUGAUCUCUUUGGCACAACUCCUCGGCUCUGACUAUACAGAAGGCAUCCCUGGUGUUGGUCCAGUCACUGCUGUUGAGAUCUUAUCCGAGUUCCCCGGAGCAUCUGGCCUUUCUGACUUCCGAGACUGGUGGAACGACGUACAGUCGCACAAACGACCAAAAGAAGCCGACGUGGCGUCAUCCUUCCGCAAAAAGUUCCGCAAGUCACAGGCUGCCAAGCUCUUCCUGCCGACGGGAUUCCCCAACCCUGCCGUCUAUGAUGCCUACUUGAACCCCGACGUAGACCAUAGUGCAGAACCCUUCCAAUGGGGUGUUCCGGACGUUGAAGGUCUGCGCCGGUUCCUUAUGGCCACGAUUGGAUGGAGCAAGGAGAGGACGGAUGAGGUGCUUGUCCCCGUCGUCAAGGACAUGAACAAGCGUGAACGAGAAGGUACACAAAGUAACAUCACACGAUACUUUGACGGCACAGUUGGUGCUGGAGCUAGAGAUGCCUCUGCACCGCGUCAAAAGGCACAAAGUAGCAAACGAAUGGCGGCGGCAGUUGACAAACUUAGAACCAACACCGCCACUGUGGACAAUAGCUCAGCAGGUACAAAACGGAGACGGACUGACAAGGACACUAAUUGAACGAUUUGAGUUGAAUAAAUCUAAAUACAUAUUAACCUUUGUUGCCCCGUU